AGGAACAUCAUUUUGGCGUACGCUUCGGUGCUGAGACACGGACUAAUACCGAACCUGCUGAACAAGGGCAGUGGGUCUCGAUACAAUGCAAGGGAUGCCUUUUGGUUCUGGUUGCAUGGCAUCAGGAAGCAUGUGGAAACUGCUCCGGAUGGAGCCAGUAUCUUGAAGGAACCAGUUUGGCGUCAUUAUUCCAAGGACGAUGACGAGUGGGGGAAAUCCGUUGUUGAGAUGAAAUUGGAAGAUGUGAUGCAAGAAGGACUUCAGAGGCAUUUUGGUGGAGAGAAAUUCAGGGAGCGGAAUGCUGGGGAGG